GGGCUUGAAGAAGAAAAGCCACUGGACGAGCCGGGUCCACGAGUGCGCCGUAGCCCGCGACGCCGAGGGCCAGCUGGGCUUCGAGCUCCAGGGGGGAGCCGAGAACGGGCAGUUCCCCUACCUGGGCGAGGUGCGGGCCGGCCAGGUGCUCUACGAGGGCGGCGGCAGGCUGGCGGCCGACGAGCUGCUGCUGGAGGUGAACGAGACCCCCGUGGCCGGCCUCACCAUCCGCGACGUGCUGGCCGUCAUCAAGCACUGCAAGGACCCCGUCCGGCUCAAGUGCGUCAAGCAAGGUGGAAAGCCCAGGAUAGCUGCAUUCUUCCAGCCCUGGGGAGCCGUGAGCAGUGGAGGCGUUGUGGAUAAGGAUCUUCGUCACUACCUCAAUUUACGGUUCCAGAAGGGCUCAGUGGACCACGAGCUGCAGCAGAUCAUCCGAGACAACCUCUACCUCCGAACCGUGCCAUGCACUACAAGGCCUCAUAAGGAGGGGGAAGUCCCUGGUGUGGAUUAUAUUUUCAUCACUGUUGAAGACUUUAUGGAACUGGAGAAAAGUGGUGCUCUUUUGGAAAGUGGAACAUAUGAAGACAACUACUAUGGUACUCCAAAGCCUCCAGCAGAGCCUGCCCCAUUGUUGUUAAAUGUGACCGACCAGAUACUCCCAGGUGCAACACCCAGCGCUGAAGGCAAACGCAAAAGAAAUAAGUCUGUGAGCAAUAUGGAGAAGACGGGAAUAGAGCCACCAGAGGAAGAGGAGGAGGAAAGGCCUGUGGUCAAUGGGAAUGGCAUGGCAGUCACACCAGAAUCAAGUGAACAUGAAGAGAAAAGUGCAGGUACCUCAGGUGAACCUUCAUCUCAGCCUUAUCCUGCACCUGUAUACAGCCAACCGGAAGAAGUAAAGGAAGAUAUGGAUGUAACAAAGCCACUGAAACCAGAAGAAAAUGAUGAAUUAGGCCCUUUGCCUGACAAUUGGGAAAUGGCUUACACAGAGAAGGGGGAAGUCUACUUUAUUGACCAUAACACAAAGACAACAUCAUGGCUGGAUCCACGACUUGCGAAAAAGGCUAAACCUCCCGAAGAGUGCAAAGAAAAUGAGCUACCAUAUGGCUGGGAGAAGAUUGAUGAUCCCAUUUAUGGCACUUAUUAUGUUGACCACAUAAAUAGAAGGACACAAUUUGAAAAUCCUGUUCUGGAAGCUAAAAGGAAGCUUCAACAGCGUACCAUGCCCAACGCAGAACUUGGAACAAAGCCUAUGCCUGCCCAAGGUUUCCGAGUAGAAAGCACCCCAGCAACAUUACCUAGGCCCAAUCAUGUUCACCCGCGCCCUGCUCCUCAGAGGUCUCGCAGUGUGAGUGACCUGUUUCAGUGUCGGCGGGACAGUGCCGGAGUUUACAGGCUGUAUGAAAAACCACUCUUCACCCGGGAUGCCUCGCAGCUGAAGGGGACUUUCCUCAGCACAACUCUUAAAAAAAGCAAUAUGGGCUUUGGAUUUACCAUCAUUGGUGGGGAUGAACCUGAUGAGUUUCUGCAGGUGAAGAGUGUCAUUCCCGACGGGCCUGCAGCCCAGGAUGGCAAAAUGGAAACUGGUGAUGUCAUUGUCUAUAUUAAUGAAGUUUGUGUCCUUGGGCAUACUCACGCAGAUGUAGUCAAACUCUUCCAGUCUGUUCCCAUUGGUCAGAGUGUCAACCUGGUGCUAUGUCGUGGAUACCCUCUGCCCUUUGAUCCCGAAGAUCCUGCCAACAGCUUGGUGCCACCACUUGCAGUCAUGGAAAGGCCUCCUGUAGUAGUCAACGGAAGACAUAACUAUGAAACUUAUUUGGAAUACAUUUCUAGAACUUCUCAGUCUGUUCCAGAUGUAACAGAUCGGCCACCACAUUCCUUGCACUCCAUUCCAACAGAUAGUCAGCUUGAUAGUACAUUCCCACCACCCGUUCAUGAUGAUAAUGUAUCCAUGGCUUCUUCUGGGGCCACACAAGCUGAACUCAUGACCUUAACCAUUGUGAAAGGGCCCCAGGGCUUUGGCUUCACUAUAGCAGACAGUCCCACAGGACAGAGAGUGAAGCAAAUUCUAGACAUUCAGGGAUGCCCUGGUUUAUGUGAAGGUGACCUCAUUGUUGAGAUCAACCAGCAGAAUGUACAGAACCUGAGCCAUGCAGAAGUAGUGGAUAUACUUAAGGAAUGUCCAGUUGGAAGUGAGACUUCUUUGAUUAUCCAUAGAGGAGGAUUCUUUUCACCGUGGAAGACUCCAAAGCCUAUGAUGGAACGAUGGGAGAAUCAAGGCAGUCCUCAGACAAGUUUAUCUGCUCCAGCUAUACCACAGAAUAUCCCCUUCCCUCCCACCCUGCACAGGAGUUCUUUUCCUGAUUCCACAGAGGCCUUUGACCCAAGAAAACCUGACCCGUACGAGCUGUAUGAGAAGUCACGCGCUAUUUAUGAAAGUAGGCGUCCAGACUAUAAGGAUUUGGAUGUUCAUCUUCGGAGAAUGGAAUCUGGAUUUGGCUUCAGAAUUCUUGGAGGAGAUGAACCUGGACAGCCCAUCCUAAUUGGAGCAGUGAUUUCUAUGGGCUCAGCAGACAGAGAUGGCCGUCUACAUCCUGGUGAUGAGUUGGUGUAUGUCGAUGGAAUUCCAGUGGCUGGCAAAACUCACCGAUACGUGAUUGAUCUCAUGCAUAAUGCAGCUCGAAAUGGGCAAGUUAAUCUAACUGUGAGAAGAAAGGUGCUACCCACAGACUCCUGGAAUCAGAAAAAUUCUCUCCAACCUGGUGCAACGCCCCCUAGCAGCUCCCCAAACCCUAGGAAAAUGGCCAGUAACCAAGGGGAAUCGUGUCCGGAAAAUGGCAGAAGUCCAGGCUCUGUGUCUACGCAUCACAGUUCUCCGAGAAGUGACUAUGCCACAUAUGCUAACAGCAAUCACGCUGGAUCGAGUAGCAAUGCUACACCCCCAGAGGGCUUUGCUUCACACAGCUUGCAAACAAGUGAUGUCAUUAUCCAUCGCAAGGAGAACGAAGGGUUUGGCUUUGUUAUCAUAAGCUCCUUGAACAGGCCUGAAUCAGGAUCAACAAUAACUGUACCCCAUAAAAUAGGCCGUAUAAUUGAUGGAAGUCCUGCUGAUCGCUGUGCGAAACUUAAAGUCGGAGACCGGAUCUUAGCUGUGAAUGGCCAGUCUAUAAUUAACAUGCCUCAUGCAGAUAUUGUGAAGCUAAUUAAAGAUGCUGGUCUUAGUGUAACUCUUCGCAUCAUUCCUCAGGAGGAGCUGAACAGCCCAGCUUCCGCACCCAGCUCAGAGAAGCAGAGCCCCAUGGCCCAACAGCACAGCCCCAUGGCUCAGCAAAGUCCUCUCUCGCAACAGAGCCCAGUAGCACAGCAGAGCCCCGUAGCACAGCCAGCACCUCCGCAGCCGCUCCAGUCUCAAGGGCACGAAAACAGUUACAGGUCAGAGGUGAAAGCAAGGCAGGAUGUGAAACCCGACAUCCGGCAACCCCCAUUUACAGACUAUCGGCAGCCUUCGACGGACUACAGGCAGCCUCCAUUAGACUACAGGCACCCUCCAGUAUUGGAUUACCAGCAACCACCUCCUCUGGACUACAGGCAACCCCCUUUGAUGGAUUACAGGCAACAUUCUCCUGACACCAGGCAAUACCCCUUAUCAGAUUACAGGCAGCCCCAGGAUUUUGAUUAUUUUACUGUUGACAUGGAGAAAGGAACCAAAGGGUUUGGAUUCAGUAUUCGAGGAGGAAGAGAAUACAAAAUGGAUCUCUAUGUGUUGAGGUUGGCAGAAGAUGGGCCAGCAAUAAGAAAUGGAAGGAUGAAGGUGGGGGAUCAAAUAAUUGAAAUUAAUGGGGAAAGCACAAGAGACAUGACACAUGCCAGAGCAAUAGAGCUAAUAAAAUCUGGUGGCAGGAGAGUGCGGCUGCUAUUGAAACGUGGAACUGGACAAGUCCCAGAAUAUGACGAACCAAACUCCUGGAGUUCUCCCUCUGCCACCUCCCCAGGUCUGCCGGAAGUAACUAUUUCCCUCGAUGACAUUGUCUCACCAUUUUCUUCAUCACAUCUAGUCCAACCCUCUGACCCUUCCCACCAGAUGCACCCAGAAUCAACAUGGGAUAUCAAGAGGGAACCUGAUGUCAGAAAACCAAAGGAGCUUUCAGUGAACAGCCACAAAAAGAAAAGGUUAGGGGAGCAAACAGAGAAGUCUGCAAGCCCUAAAAAAGCAGACCGGUCAAAGCAUGAAGAGGCUUCCAGGAAAGGAAGCACAGAAAGCCAGAGUAAGUCCAGUGAAAGCGGCAGGCCGGCAUCGGAAAAUAAGGCAGUGGAAGGGAACACAACAGCCGAGGCUGGAGAACGAGAUCCUGGGUAUGCUGGAACCAAUGCCGAACUGGCUGGGAGAGCCAAGUGGCAGGAAAGCAGCAAAAGAGGAGGCUCUCUCAGCACAAAAGACCACAGUGCCACAGUUGCUACAGAAAAGAAAUCGGCUGCAGCUCCUGAACACGUCAAGCUCGAUUCCACUGGUGCUACAAAGACGUACAGUAGCAAUAGCUGCAGCUCUCAUGGGACUGACAUGGACCAUGGUCAGAAGGAACCAGACAGGAGACCCAGCGAGUUCCCACGGAAGGGACACCCCCACUCCACUCACACGCGCAGCACCAACACAACAUCCCGGAAGGCAACUGUCUCGCCGGGUCCAUGGAAGAUUCCUGGCUCCAAUAAGCUACCUGGCGUCCUAAAAUCUAGCACAUCUGCUAUGAGCAGAUAGAUCUGUGACUGUUGCCCUCUGUUUCUCAGUGAUGCAGAACAUCCUCCUUCGCUUCUGUCUCACGUUGGUUUACUUUAAUUUAUUUUAACUACCACACACAUCCAUUGCUCAAAACACUGAGAAACGGAAACAAUAAUGUGUAAUUCCAUGACAACGUGCAUAGCGUCUAAUCAGUUGAAGCAACGUGUAGUCACGCAGUAUUUAAAUGUGACCUUCAAGUCCCCAGUUUCAUUUUAGAGACUUUGGCAGCUAUGGAAGAAACCAAAAUAAUAUGAAGGACAGACAAACCACAAAGAUGGUGCAGUGUAGCUUUAGUAGGUUGUUUGUCAUUGCAUGAAGGACUUGGGAUUUUCAUUCAAACUUUAUAUCAAGAAACUGGAAGAAGUUUUAGCAAUCACAAACUGGAACAUCGCCUUAAAUAAAAAAUAAAAAACUGCACGGAGCAAAGCGGAAAGAGGAAGAGAAUCUUUUAUCUGAGUUAAAUGUUGUAAAUAAAAUUAUUCUCAACAUAUCCAGACAGGGGUUUGAUGCGUUUGAAAUUGUACACCCAUGACCAUGUCUCCACUGUUAACACUUUGGAAUGGGCCACCCCCAAGCCAGUAGCAGAAGUCAUGACACAAGGCAAGGAAUCCUAGUGGAUUAGCUGGUGCGAUUCCAUUUCUACUUCCUUUGUGUGUGUGUAACAAAACCAUAUUUCUGU